AUGUCCAGAAUCACUCGCCGUAGCAUUCUUAGCAACAGAACCAGUGAAUUAAGCGAAAGUGCGAAGCUUGCAGUGGAGACCGAAGAAAAUACGACACCUCGACGGCGACGAGUUCGCCCAAAGCAAGAGGAUCCCCUUGUCGAAAAGGAGAACGAAUGUUCACCCAGAAAGCAAACCAAAAGUGUCCGUGGACCGGACUGCGAAACGAUUAGCGUAAAAGCGGUGGGAUGUUUACCGGAAAGGGAACGAGAAACCGAGGAACUAGCCACAUACAUUGAAGACGUUUUAGCGGAAAACGGAUCGGGUAGUUUAUAUAUCAGUGGUCCUCCAGGUACAGGUAAAACGGCUACACUCACGAAGAUAAUCAGUGAUCGCAAUUUGGCCUGCAAAAUCAAGAUGGUUUAUGUUAACUGUACUUCGAUGAGUAGUGCUGGUAGUAUCUAUAGAAGAAUAUGUGAGGAACUGCAACUGCAUGCUGCAGGAGGAACAGAAAAGCACUAUCUUAGCGCCAUCGAAGAACAUCUGAAGAAAAAACAUAAAACCAUCAUGCUUGUUCUGGAUGAAAUUGAUCAACUAGCUACUAGUAAGCAAACCGUAUUAUACAACAUUUUCGAAUGGCCAGCCAAACGUAACUCAAAACUUAUACUGGUUGGUGUAGCUAACGCUCUUGAUCUGACUGAUCGGUUACUGUCCCGACUCCAAGCCCGUUGCGAACUAAGACCACACCUAAUUCAAUUUCUGCCAUACACAAAGCCCCAGCUAGUAAACAUCCUUAAAAGUAGCCUAGAAAAUAAUGAUUCCAGUGAGCUAUUUAAUGAGGCAGCCCUUACACUGCUAGCGGCCAAAGUUGCUUCGACAUCCGGAGAUGCUCGUCGAGCUUUACUUUUGGCUAAAAGUCUGGUGGAAUCAACCGACAAGGAGCACCGUCAGAUACGAAAAGCAGCUGCCAAAGCCAACCCAGCAGAAACUCCAACAAAACCCGCUUCGCCCCCGAAAGUAGUUCAAAUCAAGCAAGUGAUCAAUACUCUCAAUCAUGUUUACGGAUCGACACAGAACAUGGACGACGAUGCCGCCUUUCCACUGCAGCAAAAGCUACUUAUCUGUUCAUUGCUGUUAAUUCUUAAAGUUAGCAAAAGUAAAGACGUAACGGUUGGAAAACUACAUCAGGUCUAUAAAACGGUUUGCUCCAAGCAGAACCUACACUCAGUUGAUCAAACUGAAUUUCUGAAUCUCUGCUCGUUGGUCGAAACGCGUGGGGUUCUACGAUUGCAAGGUAAGAAAGAACCCCGCUUAAACCGGGUCCUACUGCAAUGGGACGAAGACGAGAUACAUAACGUACUCAAUGACAAGCAGUUGAUCGCCAGCAUUCUCAGUGAUACAACUUGCGUAGGAAAAUGA